AUGAUACUAAGAAUCGGCGCGCGGCCAGUCCUCCUGGCGCGCGGCCUCUGCCGGCAACCGCCUGCGCCGACGACGACACAGCAGCGCUUCUUCUCAUCAUCGAUCUCGACCGUGUCGCUGCAGUUUGACCUCCACGAGCCCGCGAAACCUGUGUCUGAAAACCCCAACACGACAUCACCUAUCUUGUUUCUCCAUGGGUUAUUUGGGUCCAAGAAGAAUAACCGGAGUAUUAGCAAGUAUGUUUUGCACAAGGACCUCCGCAACCAUGGCGACUCUCCUCACGACGCCAGGCACGACUACACAGCCAUGGCAGAGGAUGUGAGCGCCUUCAUAGAGGAACAUAAACUGGACCAGCCGACCCUCAUAGGACACUCGAUGGGCGCCAAGGCUGCUAUGACUCUGGCCCUCCGGUCCCCACGCAUGGUCAAGGACAUUGUCGCCGUCGACAAUGCGCCCGUCGAUGCCAUCCUCUCGACCGACUUUGCCAAGUACGUGCGGGGCCUCAAGAAGAUCGAGGACGCAGGUGUGACCUCGCAGAGGCAGGCAGACGAGAUCCUGGCCGAGUUUGAAGAGUCCCUCCCUAUUCGCCAGUUCCUCCUCAGCAACCUCUACACCUCCCACGGAACCAAGAAGUUCCGCGUGCCGCUCGACAUCCUGGGCAAGGCCCUGGCGCACAUGGGUGACUUCCCGUACAAGGACCCAGGCAAGGUACGCUUCGAGAGGCCGGCGCUGUUCGUCAGGGGCACCAAGAGCAAGUACGUGCCGGACGAGGUCCUGCCGGUAGUGGGGGAGUUCUUCCCGCUGUUUGAGGUGGUGGAUGUUGAGGCCGGGCAUUGGUUGAUCUCGGAGAAUCCAGAGGCCUUUAGACAGGCUGUGGUGCGCUUCCUGAGCCCCAAGGACUAG